GGUUGCCUUUGGUGACACCACUACUACCUUCUACCUAAUUCUCUUUCAUAACACACAUCAGUGUUUGACGCCAUUACACAGUCCCUCUCUCUCUCUCUCUCUCUCAAAAAUGAAUAAGGUUUUUGCCGCCUUUUGGUACUCCGGCAUUCUCCCCCUCUUCUGCACCACCACCAUCCCAACCACUACCACCACCACUUUCGAAAACCAUGAGAGCCUGUCACAGCCUCAAUCCGCCAAGAAAGCUAAGAAAGCAGGGACGAAAGCGAAACAACAACAACAAAAUCAAUCUUUUGAGGAGUUGCAAGAAAAGCUUCAACAGUUGAGGAUCGAGAAGGAGCAAACUGAGGAGCUAUUGAAGGCAAGAGAGGAGACUUUGAAGAUGAAGGAGAAGGAGCUUGAAGCAAGGGGGAAAGAGCGAGAAACGCUUCAGACGGAGCUGAAGAAGUUGCAGAAAAUGAAAGAGUUCAAACCCACCAUGAACAAAGAAAAAGAGCUAGGAAAGAAAGACAAGAAGAAGAAAGAACCAAAAACUAGACGAAAUGUACUGAGUGUUGUGGCCCGUCUGAUGGGAAUGGAUAUGUUAUCAUUCGAUACAAAAUUUGUAGCUCGGCAGGAAGGAAAAAAGAAUCAAAAGCCAGGAACCAAUUUGCAUAAGAAGGAACAGAAUAAACAAGGCUCAGGUGGCCAUGUCCAUUGCAACUCAAAUUCUUCUAGACGGAUGGAGUUUAAUUCUUUUCAACAUAACAAGGACAAUGAUCCUGAUAGUCAGCAUGUUCACAUGAAGUUGAAAAAGCCAAGGUCACAAAAACAUCCUCAAGAGGAGGAACUACAGAAGUUUAAGAAAGAAUUCGAAGCAUGUCAAGCAGCAAGGAUCAGGGAAUGCUCAAAGGUUGUUGAACUUGGAACCAUGAAAGGCUUAGAGGCUCCUCAAAACAGCUUGGAGCUUCCAGUAGAAACUUCGCAGAGCUAUUACGCUGUUGGAGACAAUAUCCCGUACUCUUAUGAAGUCAAACAUGAGUGGUGCGAGAACUCUUAUCCAACUGAGGCUUCAAUGAAGAUGUUGAUCAGUGAAGAAAUGUCCAAAGGACCAAACACCAGACAAAAUGUACCGAGUGUUGUGGCCCGUCUGAUGGGAAUGGAUAUGUUAUCAUUCGAUACAAAAUCUGUAGCUCGGCAGGAUGGAAAAAAGAAUCAAAAGCCAGGAACCAAUUUGCAUAAGAAGGAACAGAAUAAAAAAGGCUCAGGUGGCCAUGCCCAUUGUAACUCAAAUUCUUCUAGACAGAUGGAGUUUAAUUCUUUUCAACAUAACAAGGACAAAGAUCCUGAUAGUCAGCAUGUUCACAUGAAGUUGAAAAAGCCAAGGUCACGAGAACAUCCUCAAGAGGAGGAACUACAGAAGUUUAAGAAAGAAUUUGAAGCAUGUCAAGCAGCAAGGAUCAGGGAAUGCUCAAAGGUUGUUGAACUUGACAGAAUUCCUAGCCAGUGGCUUGCUCAAGAAGCCCUCAACAAGGAAAAGGUUGCUCUCUAUUCAAAUUCAAGAAGAAUUACAGCAAGUGAGAAGCCUAUAGAUUUUAUGGGUCAUGCAGUAAAAGCAAGCCCAUGUGAAAGUGGGUUGCAACAUCAUGGAUUUAGGGAGGAACUUUUUCCAUCUGAGCAGAAGGGAUCAUAUUCUUCAAGGAACCGAACCCUAAUUAGAGAUUUUGAGCAGCCAUCUCUGAUUAAUUCCGACCAGAAGCUGGAUAUAUCUUCUGCUCCAACAAGGAUAGUGAUCCUGAGGCAACUGAAUGAACUCGAUGCUGAUGGCCCCAAGAAGACAGUCACCGAAGAGCAGCCCUUGGAAACUGAAAUGGCAGAGUUAGAGGAUGAAGCAGAAGCUUACAUCCGAGACUUGCUUGUUGCUUCAGGUCUGUACGAUGGUUCAUCUGACAACAUUUUAUCAAGAUGGGACCCACUAGCAAAGCCUAUAACCAACGACAUCUUUGAAGCAGUAGAAGAGUCUUACAAGAAAAUGACCAAGGAUAAUGAAGGGUCCAGAAGAGAUCACAAGUUGUUACUUGAUUUGUUAAAUGAAGCACUCUCAGUUGUACUUGGACCACCUGUGACCAUGUCUAGAUUCAGAAAGGCUAUUGGUCCUGCACUACUUCCUCCACGUGGGCAGAAGUUAUUGGAUCGUGCAUGGGAGAUUGUUCGUGCACAUCUAUACCCUCCAACAGACAAAUUUCAUUACUGCAUUAAUGAUAUGGUGGCCGAAGAUCUGGGGUUCACCACUUGAUGCUGUGGGGAAAGAGAUGGAAUCCCAGAUUACCGGAUAUCUGAUUGAAGAAAUAGUGAAGGAUAUGCAUGCAGAGUCAUAACGGUGCAUAGAAAAGCCUCUUCUUCUGUGUAGUGGCCAUUCUGAUGGUCAAAGGGACCGUGGUAGAGGGUGCAGAAAGUGCUGAAAAUUUCAGCUCGCGAUGUGGGAUCUUUCCUCACAGGCUGAGGCAGAGGCAGAAGCAGUGUUAGUUAUUGUAGGCAGUGUUAGUUAUUGUAGGUGAGUGUCAACAAAAUAUUGCAUAUCUUUUUUCAUUGGGGAUGGUUGUGAUAUAGGAUAUGGGUUGGUUUGGGGUUCCUUUUGAGUGUAUAUUGAGUUUUUUAUUUGAUACAUUAACUAUUUUUUUGUAUUGGACCAGUCUGCUGGACAAUCCCAGAUCAAUAGAAGAUUGUGAACCACCGUAUUUGUUUGGGUAAAUUAUAUUACUUCCCUUGAUG